UAUGAACAAACGACAAAAUCUGUUCCAUUGCCUGUCCCUUUAAAUUCUGAUAAUUCAAAUCAAUCAAUCAUCGCCCUCCAAUCUGCUUGAAGCCGUAUACUGUCUUCGUUUUUCUCAUGUAGUUCUAUCUCGACUCCGGAUGAAGAGUUCUCCGUUCCACCGCGGAGGGCGCUGGUUUUUAGCUCCACAACGCAACAGCAGCGCGAUGGACUGGCGUUAGCAGUAACUAGCAACCCCCCACCGCAUCGCAAAGCCCUACGGCUCACGACGGACGAAGCUACCAUCGAGUGCAGUGUUCGCAACAAUUGUUUUGAAGCUGGCGGGAACCCUUGACAUCCCGUGCUUUCUAUAGAAAUUUUUUGUUCGAGAGAUUUUUAGCCUGCAACGCAAGAUCCAUGGGGAACAAUAACAUUUCUUCAAAAGAUUUACCUCAGAUGACUAGCUCUAUUGGUACUAUCAGUGACUGCCCAGAAAAGCAACUCAAUAAUUUUCUUCAACAUUUUACAAGGAACACUGGACAAGAAGUAAAUGUUAUGUUACUGGAACAUUCAUAUGCAAGUCGCAGCAAUGUGAACCCGAAAAACUUGAAUGCCAGACCAAAAAAGACUCUGUUGGUCAAUGAAUUUUCUUCUUCUUCAUUAUCUUUUGAAAAUGAUGAUACAAACAUUGAUGUAGAGAGUGUUGAUGUACCAUUACCACCAUAUGACAUAAAUUCCAUAACUCUUGCAAUGAAAAAGUGUGAAAAAUUCACUGAUUCUUUACCUCAUGAUGAGCCAGUUGACAAAGAAGAUUGGGAAACACAUGUUGAUAAGAGUGGUUGGUCUCGUUCAAAGACAGAUUUGUACAAAAAAAUGGUACGAGCGCUUAAUAUGGAUCGUUUGGCUCGUUUAACAUGUGCUGGGAGCUGGAAUGAAUCACUUCAAAGACGUGUUAUAAUUGAUAAGACCGCCAAAAGAUUCCGUCAUCUGUUUGCAUAUUACUACUGGGAACGUAGCCUUAUUGAGCCAAUACAUAAAACUUUUUUGAAAAGUCUCAAUUCAGAUUAUUUGACCAUUUAUAUUGAUGCUUUGGAGACUCUAAGAACAAAAUGCCCAGAGCUUAUAAAUCGUGUGUUAGGAUCUAAACCAGUAGUUGAUCUCUUAAAUUUGAAGGUGAUGAAACAAGUAAUGAAGAAAUCCUGGGGUUCCUGGGAUCCUGUCAUGUCAAGUCUCAAUGAACAGAUUUUGGAUAAACUACCCGGUGAUCCCAUUAUUGUUAUGGUACCACCUUCUCACAUGAAAGAAGAAUUUUCGUCGCCUAGGGUGAAUCAAUGGAAGUCAUAUUUCUCUGCACUUGGUUCUGUUGUUCCAAUCAUUGUUCAAUCAGGAUCCGAUGAAAAGGAAACUUCACCUACAAAACUGGAUCAGCUGAUGUGUGCGACACGACUUAAAGUAGCUCAACUGCAACUAAAUUCUCCUGAAAAGCGAAUUAUUUUAGUGGGCUGGAAAGCUGGGUCUGCUAUAGCAAUUCAGGUUGCUUGUACAGCACGAGUGAGUGCUAUAGUAUGCUUGGGCUUUUCUGUGUUCACCAUUCUUGGGGAAAGAGGAUAUCCUGCUGAUAUUUUGUUAGACUUGCCAUGUCCAGCUUUCUUUGUUAUUGGUCAAAAUUCUGCUUCUGUGAGCUCCUCAAUAAAUCAGAUACCAGUAGAUGAGGUAGGAGAUUUCCUGAGUGGUGCCUUUGUACCACUUGUAUCACAACCUCUGAAGUUGCAAAUGACAAUAGAUGAAAGUGCAAAGAGGGCUCAUAAAACUACUACUAAUAACUUGAGUAGUAGGCGUACUAGCAGGAAAAAAGAAAAGAAACCUAAAUUCACAACAGAAAGCUUAUCAUUGCCUCUGAAACAAUCCCAGCUAGUUGGUACAAGUCAUACUAAACAAAUACCAGAGCUGUCCAGUGAAGAGAAAUCCCUCUUCAUUGCCCACGAUAGUAUGAAAACUUCAGAACAUAAAGAUGUAGUCAGUAAAAGAGAAACUAGCACAACAAAAGACAACAGUUUAUUACAUUAUUUGCAACUGCCUAGCAAGCAAGUGGUAGGAAGAAAUAAAAAAAUUGCCAAAUCUGAAACAGUCACAUCACAAACGUCCUCAGCAGAGGGACACAUCACAAAAUCUGCCAAUGUUCAUUCAUACAAUGCUACACAGAUGCCUUUAACAUUGGUCAAUGCUUCAGAAGCUGUUGCUAGUAAGCGAAAUCAAGAUAUGAAAAAAAAUGUGCAUAUGCAAGACUCAAUGUACAUUCCAAUUCAGUCCUCUGUUUCUGCACAAGAAAACCCUAGAGUACAUGAAGAAAACAAAGAUCUUUCAAAAUCACAUGUAAUUACAGAAACUAGUGCUGACAAGAAUGUUUGCAGUGUCUCCGAUUCUAAAGAUCCAGUAAAACCAAAUAUUUUUGUAGUACCUGCUUCAAAAAUUCCUCCUUCAAUAUUGAAAGGGUGGAGACAAGUUACAAAAACUGUCACAUUACCUAAUGGAAAUACAGUACCAGGGACUUUUGUCAUAUCAAAUAGUUCUCUAUCUUCUUUUCAAGCAAAUAACCUCCCAGGCCAAAUUGAUAUCAGACUAUUAAGAGCAAACCAGCAGAUAGAUUCCACAAAAUCUAAAGGAAUGUCAAAAGAUCAACAGGUUCCAAUUGCUUCUCAGAUCUAUAAAGGAGGCAGUGAGCAUGUUUCAGCUUCAAGCAAAAUUCUGGAUCAUCAACUUGCACCCACCCAAAGUCUGGGUGAAUUUGCAUUGGGCAAUAGCAAACUGGAGAACAAUACUUCAGAGCUUCCUAUAGUUUUAACUAUUAAUUCAAAUGAAUAUUUAAACUCUACAGCCACUGUCACUUUACAGGAUAAUUUUUCAUUCCCUUUGUAUGACAAAGAUGCAGAAAACAACAAUGAAUUGAUAAACAUCAGUUCUCUGGGCACAGUUUCAAAUGACAUUAUGAAAUCCAAAAAUGGCAAGAGUGAAAUGUUAAAGAAGCCUGCUAGAGAUAUUAUCUGUGGAACUGCAGAUUGUAUUCGUAAAAGUGUGGGAAAAUUUCCUGUCCAAAAGUUGGAUCAAAAGCAAGGAUCCCAAAAAUAUAAAAAAAUAAUUAUUCCAGACAAGAAUUCUUUUGUUAAAAUAAAUGAUGAUAAUGAUGGUAAUGGAGGAAGUGGUAGUGUUAGUAGUAGUGACAGAGAUGAAGUGAUUGGAAGUAAUAUAAAUUUAAAAAGAAAAAUAAUAAAAAAGGUAUCAUUUGGGCCAGAGAAUAGUGAGAAAGUAUUUUAUUAUGAAUGAAGUAGUGUGAACUUUAAGAAAAUGUGUGCAAACAUGUGAAACAUAAACAAACUGAAAUUUAAUUAUUUGUGAUUCACAUUUAAACUUUUAAUGGAUUGUGCUAAUGUACAAGUUUUACAUUGUCAGAAAGGAAAAAAAUUGAAACAAAAAUGUUUCCAAGUUUUUGUUCAUUUAAUUUCUACCUUCUACAUGUGAUCUGGUGACCAUUUGGUGGGCGAGUGAACAACUCUGCAGUAACUCCAGUACAGUAAUGGGAAUGUGAAGAACCACAUUUCUGGGCACUCUCAGGCAGAUGCUCAAGUUUGUCCCAUUUGGAUAUUUGAAUACAUGGACAUUAUGAUAAAGGACCCUUAUUGGCUUUACCCAUUAUUAUUUACCCAAUAUUAGAAUUUUGUUAUAUUAUGCUGGUUUUUGUGACUUUGACUCUUAAUUCUGAGAGUAUAUUAAGACUGUGUCCCAAUUUGUUCUUAAUAUGUAGUGCAAUUCACUUUGUUAGAGGACAAAUGUAUAACAUUAGGCUAAAUAGAAAACAAAAUCCUGACAAUUUCAAACAUUUUCCUGCAAACACUCAUUUCUAUAUAUUUAUUUGCAUUCAACAGAUAAAAAAAGGAGCUAUUUUGUUCAAAUUUAUAACGU